GGCGCUGUGGGUUGUCCCCACAGAACAUGGUCUGCCACAGGACGGGAAGGGGCUGCACUGCUGGCAGGAUCACGGUGUGUGUGAGUGGGGAGAAGCAAGGCCCUAACUAUCACAUAUGAGAGAGUGCACACAAGUACCAUGUAUGACAACAUAUAUGGCCGUGGCCUUUCCCAAUUUUACUGGUGGAGAUUCCCCAGAGUGCAUAUGUCAGCAUGCCAGGCCCAUGUAAAUGUCUUGUGUAUUUGCAUGUUAGAUCAGUUCUGUCUCCUAUUCCCCUAUUUUUAGCUAUCACAAGUUGACAAGAGGAAUAUGUCUUUAUGAAAAAUAUUUUGCUCUUGACAGCAGCUCUGAUCCCUCCAAUCAUUCAAAAGUGCUCCAUGUUAUUGAUGUUAACUACUACAUUGGUAACAUGCCCACCUCAUCAUUAUGUUUUGGCUGUUGGCACACUGCAAAAUAAGACCCAUUGGGAGGCAAGUGGCUGUCUGAGCCCUCUGAGAGUACUAGAAGAGGAGAGGCACCAGGCUCAAUUUGGAGUAGUGGCCACUUUGGAGUCUCUGAAUAACUUGGACGGGGAGCAGAAGUGAAGUAGCUAACGAGCUCAUUUAUUUUAAGAAAAAAAUAUUGACUUCAUCUAUACAUUUUAAGAAAUAGUUUUAUCAAAGACAAAGUUUACAAUGAAGCCAACACAGACUCCAAGGCUCCUCAGGUCCCAAAAUGAUUCUGUGUACAACAUGAGUCAUUCCAAAGGGAUACCAGAAUUACCACCUCUGCCGACUUCAACCACAACAGAACCCUCAGAACUGUAUCAGGUUGUCCUUAAGAACAGCUAUUAUCCUCCUUUAAUGCAAAGAGUGUCAUGGACUUUGGCGGUUCCAUUUAAAGAACAACGUUGUUUCCGAAGCCCAAGUGAUUCCAUAGCUAAUAACUACACACUUACUGCACGUGAUCUAAAACUGAAAGAUCUGCAUAAAAUGGUUCCCCUUGCAAUGGCAAGAGCAGUCUUGGGUUCAGUGAAGCAGAGGGCAAUCUCACCGCCUUCAAAACAAUUUGCACCUUCUGAGAAGAGGCUCAAACUUACACAACUAAGUAAAUGUGAUACUGAGAGAACCACACCAACCCAACUGUACAGUAUAGGUUCAGGUUCAGUAUAUUCUGAUAGAGAUAGUCCAGAAUUAGACAUCAUACAUUAUUCAGAUAGCCAACCACUGACUCCAGAAGAACAGCUUGUUGUCAUGCUCCAACAUGAGGAGAAGAUACAUAAGCAAGAAGAGUCACCUACAGAAAGCGAUAUAGAGAGAUAUUGUUAUUACAUACAUAAUGGAAUAAGGAAAGACAUGUUGGCACCCCAAGAUAAAGAAGUCAAGGACAUGAUUUUGAAGCAGAUUCCAAAUAAUUUUCUCACUGAUCCAAAUCUGGAGAACUUGCUUUAUAGUUUAACAGAAGAGAUUCAGGAUGACUACCACAUCAGCCUCAUGAAAAACAUUGGUAAGAAGGCAAACCUCUCUGUGGUUUUGGCAGAUGCAGUGAUUUUUGUAGUCCAGAAUUAAAGGGCCUCAUUCUUCCCUUAGCUCCACCUGACUUAGUUCAUUGAGAUCAGUAAAAUUUCUCUAGAUUUCCGUGAAGAUACAAUAUGUGAU